CUCCGCCGCCUCACAGCACUGUGCCGGCCCGCCUUGCCCGGCCCCCCUCCGUAGAUGCGGCAGUGACAGAGCACCUUACCCCCCGCGAUGGGCCGCGCGCGCCCGCCGGCGGCCGCCUGGCUGCUGCUCUGGGCGGCGGGCCGGGGGGCGGCCGCGGCCCAGGCGCGGGGCGCCGCCGCCGCCUCCGCCGAGGCGCCUUUCAACUUCGGCGUGGAGGCCCCCGAGCCGGGGAGCCCGGCCGACGAGGAGCUCGUGGCCCAGCUCGCCGCCUCGCCGCAGGAGGAGGCCAGGUCGAAGAAGACCGUGGCCACCGUGCUGAGGCUGGUCAAGAGCAGGAAGGCGCUGGCGAGCGUGGGGGCGCAGCUGAAGGAAGUCGAGGAGGAUAUCGCGAAGGUCGAGAAGCUGGCGGAGGGCGAGGAGUCCUCCGACCAGUCGGUCCUGGAGUUGGUGCAGUCCUCCCAGAAGGCGGCUCAGGAGCUGAUCAAGGCUCUCGCGCAGGCCGUGGACAGGGCGGUAACCGCGUCCGUGGCGUCCGCCAAGAAGCAGUUCACGGACAUCAAGGAGCGGGGCAGGGCGGCCGCGGCGAAGCUGAUCGCCACCAAGAAGGCCGCUGGGGAGCCUCGCGAGCGGGUCCUGUCCGAGGACGAGCAGUGGCACGGGCAGCGGCAGGUCGCGCGCCAGCAGCUGGCGACACGGCUCCACGCCGGCGAGCUGCCCAAGUCCGUCGUCGUCGCGGGCCUUAUCUGGGACCCGGACUUCAUGAACUCCAGGAUCUUGGCGGAGGAGCUGAUGCAGGGCCCUCCCGCACGUGAGCCGAGAGCACGCAGCACGCCUUCCGUUCCGCAGGC